UAAAAAGGUGAGAAUUAAUUAUGUCUGUCAAAAGUAAAGAAGUCAGCCAAGGCAAUUACAUGAAAAAGUCUUAACCUCAAAUGUUCGAUGAGAAUGAUCAAUGCUUUCUGAACGGCCGAGUAUAUUCGUGAUUUCAAUUUUUUUGUUGUAUUUCUAUCUUUAUAUUUUUGAUCGAUUUUAGAAACAAUUGUGCAGAAUUAUACGAAUACAUGUUUUGAACGAUGGAAACAAAGGGGCAUGAUUUAAAAAAGCAGCAAAUACUAUUCACAGAUAGCAACUUUAUGUAUAAAAGUCAGAGUCAGGACGGGCAUGUAAAUAAUUUGUUUAACAAGCGCUUCGAAAUUGUAAAUGAUGAAUCCAAUUCAAUGCCCGAACCGGCAAUGAUGUUUAAAGACUCACUGUGGGCAAUUGACGAAUUGCAACAAAUAAAAAGCGAAUUGAAUAACGUGAAGAACUGCUUGAACAGUUACGAUCUUGAUAAGUGGCAAUUGCACACAAAAUUAAGAAAUAGUGCAAAAAACGUCAUACCACGAUUGAAAACCUGUUUUCAACCAGAACUUUUAACUCAGGCAUGGUGUAAAUUUUAUGAGAUAUUAUCGUCAUUUCCUUUAAUACCAGUGAGCUAUAUCCAUAACAAUGACAAAUACUUCAAGUCUGUUCAUUUGUGCGAAGCACCUGGGGCAUUCGUUACAUCUUUGAAUCACUGGUUGAAAACAAAUGUUCCAGAUAUUAAAUGGGAUUGGCUCGCUAUGACUUUAAAUCCAUAUUACGAGGGUAAUUUAGCAUCUGUAAUGGUCGAUGACGAUAGAUUUAUAAGACACACGUUGAAACAUUGGUGUUUUGGAGAAGAUAAUACUGGAAACCUCAUGAAUUUGAGAAACUUGAACGAACUUACAAAGUUAUCAGAACCACAUUGUGAUAUAUUCUUGAUUACUGCCGACGGUAGUAUAGACUGUACAGACGUCCCAGCUGAACAAGAAAGUGUUUUAAUACAUUUGCAUUUCUGUGAAACCGUAACUGCCUUGCAAUUACUAGCUACUGGAGGCAGCUUUGUGUUAAAAAUUUUCACCAUUUUUGAGUGUAAUACGGUAUGCCUGAUGUAUCUGUUAUCUUGUUGUUUUAAUCAUAUCAAUGUAACAAAGCCAGCGACAAGUAAGGAAGGAAAUUCAGAAACAUAUGUUGUAUGCAUGAAUUUUAAGGGACCAACGUUUAUCUCAUCUUAUUUAGGCAAACUUAAAGAACAUUACGAAUAUGGCCCGAAACGAGCAAUCUUUAGCAAACAUGACAUCCCUCGUAUAUUUAUAGAAAAAGUUAUAGGAUGCAGUGAAUUUUUUAAAUCUCAACAAUGCCUAGUCAUAGCAAAUAAUAUUAUUACAUUUAACUUUGACAAUCCUAAAAUGUUACAAGACGUAAAGCGAAUUCAGUGUAUGGUUGCCAAUAAAUAUAUAAGAAACUGUAACAUAAAAAAAUUAGAAGCUGGACAAAUUGUUGGAAAUGCAACUAUAUUAGGAGGAACCAGUAAUCAAUACAAAAGAUCAUUGCAAGGAUCAUAUAAUGAUCGUUGUGAGAAACAACAUUUAGCACCUCUAGAUCGAAUAGAGAGUUUUUAUAACGAUUUUAACAAAAUUGAGAUCCAUAUAUUAUCCGAUCAAGUCAUAAAAUACAAGUUCACUGAAUUCCCAGAAGAAUUACAAAUUCGUUUUGGAAAGGUAUUUCAUAAAAUAGGUACUUCCAAAUUUUGCAACAAAAUUGCUUUGAAAAUAAAAAAUGGUGUUGAUGAUAUUCUUAUUAAAAUGAAUCUCAAGAUACAAUUUCCUUCUAUAGAAAAUAUAGAAAAACUGAGAGCUGAGAUUCUUUGCAAACCAAGACACGAAGUUUUAAUUUUCGACUAUACAGAUAUUUAUGAUAGCCAUAGAAUAAUCAUAGAAAUUUAUGAUACAUUACAAAAGCUUGACGUUGGAACAACAUUAGUUUUAAUCGGUUACUCGUUACUUACUCAUCUUAGUAUUGAACUGCUUUAUCUCAUAAGUUGUGCCUUUAAUUCAUUGACAAUUACAAUUUGUAAUGAUGUAGGAUUGAAAAUUAUAUUGUAUCACUAUAAUUACAAUCCUAAAGUAUUAAAAUUUUUAAAUGAAAUUAAUGCCGCUUCUUCUGAAGCUCAAAAACAAGAGAAAGCUAUUUUGGAAAUAAUUUCUCCGUCAGUAUUUUAUGAAGGAUGUUGUUUGUGUUAUUCAGCUGAAUAUCUUAAUUACUGGAUAAUAAAAACAUAUAUUUAUCAUGUAUUAGAUACAUUAAAAAAAGUUGAAAAGGAAUGUUGAUAAAAUUAAUAUAUUCCAUGUAGUGGUAAUACCAAAGUUGUACCAAAUUUAUACAAUAAAUACAUGAAUAUGUAUAUAUAU